AUGGCUUCUGGAAGGCUCAUCAAGCUCGUGGUGUUCGAGCUCCUUGAGUUCGCUGCUUUCUCCAUCCCCACACUCGUGAUUGUGGAGCAGUUUGCCACCGCCUAUCAAGGGUCAAGGAACAAAGCAGAAAAGACUCAUUACUGGCUGAUCGUUUCCUGUUCAAUCGCCUAUGUGGCCUCAGUGAGCCUACUGAUUUGGGUUCCCAUAAAAGUUCUCUUAUACAAGAAACGGCACCUCUCAAAAAAAAUUAAAGGAUGGAGACCUGUUAUGAUGAUGUGUGUAGUGCUCACCACACUCCCCAGCUUCAGCUUUUCUAUAGCAGUGACCGAGGUUCAAAAGAGUAUUAAUGGUUCUGCUAAUAACUUACCUGACACCUUGCCUGACCUGCCAGUCUCUCUGGUUCUGACAUCCUUGAUCGUGGUUGACAUUAUUGAAAAACUCAGAACAUAUCCUCUUAGAGGGAAGCAAAAGAGUCAUGAAGAUACGCGCGUCCAUGCCACCACUUUGCAACGCAUAAAAACCGUGACUGAUCGAGUGAAGCAGAACGAAGGGAACCCCGAGCCUCCCCAGCCAGCCCAGAGGACCAAGGCACCGGCGGCCGUGACGCGGGGCCCUGCUCCCGAGCAGGCCGGACCCCAGGAGCCCUCCUUCCAGUCGGGAGUCCUGAGAGCCAUGUCCCAGUGGGACGUUCGGGCCGAGAUUUUCCUGCUGAGCUUCAUGCUGUGGGCUGACACCGUAGAAAUGGUGCGUGUGGCCGGCCACCAAGCCGUGUACAAGUCAGCCUGGCUGUACCCCGUCUACCUGUUCAGCUUCAUUUCCCUCCUUCGAAUUAUAUUCACGCCGCAGAACCCUCUCCUGAAUUCCCUGGGCGUCCUGCUCCAGGACUUACCCUUUAUUUUUGUAAGACUUGGUUUAAUCAUUGACCUGGGAACCAUCACACCCGUGUUGGGCCUUUGUAAAAAUGUACUGGUGACUGUCUCUUAUGUUUAUUUCAAUCACUUGACCAAAUUCAGGAUUUUCUCCACCUUUGAACUGUCUUCAUUUUAA